AUGUACGAGAACCAGCGGCACCUGACAGCCGGCGGGCGCAACAACCCGUUUCUUGACCAGGACGAGCUGCAGGAGUCGCGGCAGGGCAGCACGACGUCGCUGCUGCAGAACCGAGAGCGGGAGGCGGGCGCAACGGAAUCGGACUACCAGGGCUACUACGCACGGGAGCCGCCGGGGGUGCGGGGCGAGCCGAGCAAGGUGGCGUCUAGUCGGUCGCUGAACUCAAUGGGAGUGCCCAACAGCGACAUCAUGACGCCGCCGGCGUUCGACCGCUACCCUAUGGUGGGGUCGCGCGUGGCGUCGAUGGCGCUGCCGCAGGGGGCGCAGACGGGACGCACGCCGGUGUGGGGAUCGGGGUCUGCGUCUGAGGACAAUUCGAUGUCGUCGCUGACGUCGUCGAACCCGUUCCUGGGCGACCAGGACUUUUCGCCGUUCGGGGGCUACCCCGCGUCCUCGUUUCCGCUGCUGAUCGACGAGAAGGAGGACGACGACUACCUGCAUAACCCGGACCCCGAGGAGGAGUCGCGGCUGGACAAGCAGCGAUUCCUGCUGGACCUGAAGCACAUGGACAAGCGCUCGGCCGGCGGGUUCGUGGGAAUUCUGCUGUUGUUCAUCGGAGGGCUGAUGCUGUUCAUAGUGCUGCCUGUGCUGACCUACACGGGCGCAGUCGAGCACCACCAUGCCAAGCUCACGGAGGUGCUGUCGCCUUACCAGUAUCCGCAGCUGUCUGCGAUCCGGACCUCCCUAGUUGAUCCUGACACCCCGAAGGAUGCCAGGAAGCGGAAGUCCCUGAAGGGCGAAACCUGGCCUCUGGUCUUCAGCGAUGAGUUCAACGCGGUGGGUCGUACCUUCUUCGAGGGCGACGACCAGUUCUGGACUGGACCAAACAUCCACUAUGCCGCCACAAACGACUUGGAAUGGUACACGCCCGACGCGGCCACGACGAAGGACGGUGUGCUGCAGCUCCGGAUGGACGCCUUCCCAAUGAACGGGCUAUACUACAGAUCCGGUAUGCUGCAGUCCUGGAACAAGAUGUGCUACACGCAGGGUGUUCUGGAGAUCUCUGCGAAUUUACCAAACUAUGGCCAAUACCACGGUUUGUGGCCAGGUCUGUGGACCAUGGGGAACCUUGGUAGACCGGGCUUCCUUGCUUCUACCGAGGGUGUGUGGCCGUAUUCGUACGAGGCGUGUGAUGCCGGAAUUACGCCUAACCAGUCCUCUACCGAUGGUAUUUCAUAUCUACCUGGGCAAAAGCUGAGCUCUUGCACAUGUGAUGGGGAAGAUCAUCCGAACCCGGGUGUUGGCAGAGGUGCGCCGGAAAUCGAUCUUCUGGAAGGUGCUAUGGACGAUAAGGUCGGCGUUGGUACCGCCUCGCAGUCGCUGCAGGUGGCUCCUUAUGAUAUCUGGUAUAUCCCAGACUACGACUUUAUCGAAAUCUACAAUCACUCGAUCACGGCGAUGAACACUUACUGUGGCGGUCCCUUCCAACAGGCCGUCUCCGCGGUCUCUACACUAAACCGUACGUGGUACCAAUUUGGGGAAGGCGCGGGCUAUUUCCAAAGGUUCUCACUGGAGUAUAUGAAUGACGAAAAGGAUGGCUACAUUACCUGGUACAUCGGCGACAAGGCCACCUUCACUAUCUACGCAAGCGCAUUGCAUCCUAACGGUAACGUUGAUUGGAGAAGAAUCAGCAAAGAACCCAUGUCUAUUAUCCUGAACCUGGGUAUUUCGAAUAACUGGGCAUACAUAGACUGGGCCAAUCUUUACUUCCCUGUUACCAUGUCCAUUGACUAUGUCAGGCUGUACCAGCCGUCGAACGCUAUCAAUGUCAAUUGUGAUCCGCCCGACUAUCCAACGUAUGACUACAUUCAGAAACAUCUGAAUGCAUACAUGAACCCCAACCUCACCAGUUGGGAGGCCGCAGGAUACACUUUCCCGAAGAAUAUUCUAACAGGCAAUUGUAAGUCUUCCAAGUUCAGGCAUAGCUAG